AUGCCCCGCAAACGCUUGAACGCUCAAGAGCCCCCGCGAAAACGUAACAGGACUGGUUGCAACAAGUGUCGCGCUCGUAAAGUUCGGUGUGACGAACAAAAACCAGUCUGCAGUCAGUGUCAUGCUAAGGGGUUUGAGUGUGAAACGAGCAUAAAGCUCAAGUGGGAGCAGGAUUAUACCAGCGCUGGGCGAGCAUUUGGCAGAGCGGGAUUGUGGAGCAAGAAUGCUGCCGAGAAAUCAACUGUAUCUUCACCAUGUAUUCAUGUCAACGACGAGGAAAUCUUUUGGAUACAGACACCUCGAAUCUCAUCAUACAGCUUUGUCAACGCCACCGUAGGAAAUGUCGAACAGUUGACGACUCUGGACAGCAUUGCUUGGGAAAUUGGGUCAGUCUUAGAUGUUGUCCGCGUUAGUGAUCGCGAUGACACCUCGAGCACUGCUUCCUUGUCGCCGUGGCUAUCUACUAGGGAGCCAUUAUUCGUACCUCAUCAGCGCAUGAUACCGUCAGCACUAUCCAUGCUACCUGGUCUUUCCAAUCCAAUGCACUCGAGCCUCUUAUCAUACUAUCUGGAAAAGAUUUGCCCAAUCACUGUCCCAGGCUCCGUCAACAAGUCUCCUUUCGUAAAUCUGGUUCUACCAUUCUCAAUCUCAUCUUCGCCUGCUGUUCUAGAAGCCCUUCUCGCGCUUGCAGCUUGCCACAGAUCAAAGAACGACGCGGCUUUCCGGUCAGCCUCAUUGAGGCUUGGAGACAACGUUCUUCGCACUCUACGACGAAGACUCAGUGCAGAAGAUCCUCUACGAGUUGCCCUGGAUCCUGAAACGCUGGUAAUUAUGAUGAUCUUGUGUCAGUACGAGAUCAUUAACGAGUGCGAUAAACGUUGGGUUGUUCAUUUGAGAGGAGCUCGAGAUUUGAUUCGGAUCAGACGAAACGCUCGAUUGUCUCUUGGGACUGGACAGUCUUCCAAUGAGCUCAUAGAGUUUGCUGAAAAGUACUUUGCUUUCCACGACGUGAUCGGACGAACAGCUUGUGGCGAAGAGCCCAUCUUUGGCAUUGACUUUUGGACAUCAGACGGUGAAGAUACCGACGCUUGGCUAGGUUGUUCCUCUGGUCUAGUGUCUAUAUUGUGUGAGAUCACCGAGUUGAGUCGGCAGCAUAGGUCGAGACCAAGUCUGAGUCUCCUACCAGAAUUUCAGUCCCAGGCAGCCUCACUGGAGCGCCGACUUUGCGGUCUCCAUCAGCGAGUGUUCGAUGAGGAAGACGAUACUCUGCAAUUGUCCGCUGAGUUAAAGAGACUGGUCGCUGAGCUAUACCUACACUGCUCUCUAAACGGUGCGACGCCUGCAAUGCCUCUCGUUGUCGGUCAUGUGCAACAGAUACUUCGCCUCAUUUCCGUUCUGCUAGAGCAUGAAGUGCUUGCGGGUUUGAGCUGGCCUCUGUUCGUCGCAGCCGUCGAACUCGAACCAAUGGCAGAUCUAGAAUGGGCUGAGCGACAGGACUUACCUCACGAAGUACCAAACUAUGCCCGACCCUUUGUUUUGUAUGCAUUGAACCGUCUACGCGGUUCGAUUGCCAAUAUUACCAAGACGCGGUCUGUCAUCGAAAGAGUGUGGCUUCUCAGAAGUCAACACGAUCUGUCGGAGAUACACCCCAGCCUUACUAAGGAUCAGAAUGACUGGGAGCGAUAUGUCAGCCCACUUUGCGGCGGCUUAAGUCUUGCUUGA